AAGUGAUUCAAGAACCCAAGAUACAUCUACUGUGUGAAAGUCAACAGAGGAAUCCAGACUCGCUCUCAGAUUCAACUGAAAACACAGAGAAGGGUCCAACAGGAAACAGCAGACCAGAGCAAACAUCUGAAGAUUCUGAAACCAUUCAAGAAAGGUGCUUCAAAAGGGACACAGAGUCAGCCACACAAGGAAGAUUGGAUUGCGCACUGGAGAAUCAUGACAUGGGAGAAAACAUGAACUUUGGGACAACAGGAGUCAGUCCAGGUCAAGAAUUACAACCAGAAAAGACUAGAAGAGGAAAAAGAGAGCAUCUGUUUCAGAGACUUCAUCUUGAGGGCAAACUGCAAAACAAACUGAAUAGAGAAGAUGUUCUUCAGAUAACUGCAGAUUCAUUACAGUCUCAUGAGUCUUGUGCUGAAGAGGAACUGGUUCAGACAUUCCUACAAAAACUACUGUUGAUGAACUACAGAGCAAGAUACAUUAAAACUAAAGAGACCAAAAAACAAGAACACACACAACAAAAAGACAAUGACUCGUCUGAUGAUGAAGGUGAUAUUUUCAAAGAAAUGUCUUUGUAUUAUGAAGAAUCAAGCAGAUCAGAUCCUGUUCACCCAAUGGAUGUUCAGAUGGCCGUGUUUCAUUGUGCUGAUAUAUUCCUGAAGCAGCUGAUGGUGACUAAACUGUCUCAGUGUCAGUAUGCUCUGCCUCUGCUUGUACCUGAUCCAUUCACACAACACAUUGAGUUUCCUCUCUGGACAUUCAGACAAAUCAACAAGAGCUGGAAGACAUUUGAUGAUAAAGGUAAAAUCAUCAGUAAAGUCCAGUCAGUCUGUAAGGCAGAAACUCCAAUGGUGUGUUUCUUCAGGUUUGGCUCAGUGUCCUCAUCCAAGUCUCAGCUGAUGAACAGUCUGAUCAAUGAGAAACACAACACGUUCUUCCACAGGAACUGCCCAGGCAGCAGCAGAACCAGAGUACUGAUGGAUGGAGUGGUGGAGAUCGCCUGGUACUGCCCGUCUGGAAAAAACACGGAUACAUUUACUGACUGUGUUGCGUUCUGUAAUCUACAUGGAGAUGCAGGAGACCAUGAGAAACAGCUGCAGAUCCUUAUGGAAAUGUCCUCAGUCAAUGUUGUUAUUCUGCCACAACUUGACAGGGAUGACAAAAGUGCAACACAGAUCCAAAACCUGUACAAGCAAAAAAAGCCACUUAUUUGCCUUUUUACUCAGGACAAAUCUUCUGUAAUUCAGACAAAAAAAGGAAAAUACAAAAUAGGCUUAAUGGAAAGAAAUCAGUCAGAUGUAUCUGAAGAACUCAGAAGAGCUAUAAAUGAUUGUCUCUCAAUCUCAUCUUCAGAAUCAUCUUCCAUUUUCAGACUUGAAGAUGUGUCCAAACACUCAGAUAUCAGAGUAGAUGAAGAUGAUGAUGAAGACUGCAGGAGAGGAAAAGAAGCAGCACAGCAGAUGGUGAGAUUACUGGAGAAUAAAGAUCUGACAAAAAUCAAAGAAUCAUUUCUGCCCUGUCAGGGAAAACUGUGGCAUCAGUGGUGUCAGAAGAACAAAGAACUACAUCGACCUCAAGGGAGUGAACUAGAAAUGGAAAUAAGUAGAAAACAAGAAGCCUUGAAGAAUGUCCGUAAACAGCAGCAUGAAUCUGCCCUUAGUGACUUCAUGAAGUACUUUAUUAAUAAAAUGAAUGAAAAAUAUGCUGCAAAUAAGAAAAGAAAAUUCCUCAAAUGGCUUGGGAUCCUCAUGGACGAACACACCUCAACCGAACUUUCUGAUCUACAUCACAAAUAUGAUGAUAAGUGGUCAACAGUCUUACAACUGAAAGAGAAAAAUAAAUCUGAGCAACUCAAAACCGAACAAAUAGAACAACAUAAAGCUGAUCAAACAGAACUUGAGAGAAUAUCUGAGGAGCUUCAGGCAGCAACCUUUGGUUUGGAGCACAUCCUGAGAGAGAUCGGUCAGAUCUAUGAAUCAUGUUCAUCUGUGAAGAAGAACAAGGAAGGUCUGCAGUUUCACUUCUCUUCUCUCCCGAGUCUUGCAGCAGAGAUGAUGAUCUCUGGAUUUCCUCUGGAGCUGAUGGAUGGAGAUGCUGCUCAUGUUCCUCUGAUCUGGGUUAAAGCUGUUCUAGAUGAACUCAUCAAGAAACUGGGAGACCAGAGUGUGUUUGUACUGUCAGUUUUAGGGGUUCAGAGCUCUGGGAAAUCCACCAUGCUGAAUGCCAUGUUUGGACUGCAGUUUGCCGUCAGUGCUGGCAGGUGCACCAGAGGAGCUUUCAUGCAGCUGGUCAGAGUGUCAGAGGAGAUGAAAGCACAGCUGAAGUUUGACUAUAUUCUGGUUGUUGAUACUGAAGGACUUCGUGCUCUAGAACUGGCUGGAAGAUCAACGAGACUUCAUGACAAUGAACUGGCCACAUUUGUUGUUGGUCUUGGGCAACUGACAUUGAUCAACAUCUUUGGAGAAAACCCAUCUGAGAUGCAGGACACUCUUCAGAUUGUUGUUCAGGCCUUCCUGAGGAUGAAGAAGGUCAGACUGAAUCCCAGCUGCAUGUUUGUGCAUCAGAAUGUUUCAGACAUCACAGCUGGAGAGAAAAACAUGGAGGGAAGGAGACGACUGUUGGAGAAACUGGAUGAAAUGACAAAACUUGCUGCUAAAGAUGAAGUCUGUGAUGCAGAAAGUUUCAGUGAUGUCAUUGAAUUUAAUGUUCAGAAUGAUGUGAAGUAUUUUGCACAACUCUGGGAGGGCAGCCCACCCAUGGCACCACCAAACCCAAACUACUGUGAAAAUAUUCAAGAAUUAAAGAAAACAAUUCUUAAACAUGCCUCAACAUCAGAUGGCAUGAUGUUGACACAUCUGAAAGAUCGUAUUCAAGAUCUCUGGGAGGCUUUACUGAAUGAACGAUUUGUGUUCAGCUUCAGAAAUUCUCUGGAGAUUUCAACAUACAGGAAACUGGAGACAGAAUACAGCAAGUGGACCUGGAGUCUUCGCAGUGCCAUGCUGGAAAUUGAAAACAAACUGCACAACAAAAUAGAAAAUGAAACAAUUAAAGAGGUUGAUGAAGCACAUCUUCAAAGAGAACUGAAAGAGAAAAGUGAAGAAGUGAAAAAAUCAAUGUCAGAUUUCUUUGAGAAAGACAAAGAUAAAGAAAUACUGAUUCAGUGGAAAACUUCAUUUGAGAUAAAAAUCAAAGAUCUUCAAGAAAACAUUGUGAGAGAAACAAAAAGAAAAUUAAAUGAGAUUCUUCAACAGCGAGACCUGAAGAAAAAGAUUGAUGCUCAGAAGACACAUCAUGAAAACACUCUCUUUGAAAAGAGCAAAACACUCGCCUUAAAACUCAAAGACAAAGCAAAUGAUGAAGAAACACUGAAGAAAGAGUUUGAUUGCUUUUGGGAACAGCAUGUGAAGAAGAUCAUCAGAGACACUGAUCCUAUCAAAGACAUUGACAUAUUAAGAGAUGUGCAAAUACUCCUCAGUGACAUCAAUGAAAGUGCUCCUGUAGAUCACUGGAGGGAGAACGGGGAUAUUUUCUGUGUGUCGAGUUAUUCAGAUUAUGUACAGUUAAAGAAAUCCAGUGGAGUUACAGGACCUGUUAUAAAUCUCUACAGAGGAGCAAAAGAGAAGUUAGGUUAUGCUCUGUCUAAAGAGGAUGAAACCCAAAUAAGAACAUUAGUCAGUGAAACUGCUCAUGAGACAGACAAAAUGAUCCUGUCAUUCAAAAUUUCAAAGAUGGGCUACAACAAAAGCUACAUUCAACAACUCACAGACUAUAUAAAGUCAAAACUCACUGAACAUCAGAAUGGACCAGUGAAAUAUCUGUUCAAGAAGGAGUUCUCCAUUGAUUUAGUGCUUUCUAUCUGUAAGAGAGCAAAUAAGACAUUCACUGACCAACACAAACUGUUCAGAGAAUCCAAUGAUCCUGUUCUCUAUGUUGAGAGGAAGAGAGGAGAGUACUUCAGUGUUUUCCAGAAAUAUUGUAAAGGUUCAACAUCAGCUGCUGUUUUUGGUGAGAUCAUCUGUCAGAAACUGAAAGAUCCCAUUGAACAGAGUGUCUACAAAAACACUGCCAGAGAUUUAGCAGAUGAAAUGAGCAAAAACUGUGAAUCACUGAAUGGAAACAGAUCUAAACUGGAGAAACACAUCCUGAAGACACUGGCAGAAGAGGAGAACUUUAACAAAUACAUGAACUACAUAAAAAAUCCCAGAGAUCACUUCAAAAGUUUCAUCAGAGAUGAAGUCAGUCAGUACAUCACUGAUAAGUUCAGUGUCAGUGUUCGGCCCAAGAUGAUGAUGAAGAACAUCAAACUCCUGCAGCAGAAGAUCAUGAAAGCAGCUCAUGAAUCUACUGAACAUGUUCAAGUGAACAGUGGAGAUGUUGAUUUGUGGUUGAAGUGUUUCACACAGAAGCUCUCAGAUGUGCUGAUAUUCUCUGUUAAAGACUUCAGUGGAGUGAGUCGUGAUGAUGUUGAUGAUUUCAAACUCUUAGAAGAUGUGAUGACAGAAGAACUUCCAUCUAUAAUAUCUGACAUAAGCAGUAAAUUCAGUACACAGACUUUUCCAGUGAAGCUGGACUGUAAGGACAGACCAGAUGAGAUUCUGAUUGGUCACUUCUGUCAGUGCUGUUGGGUUCAGUGUCCUUUCUGUGCUGCAAUCUGCACUAACACAAUAGAAGACCAUACUGGAGAUCACAGUGUUCCUUUCCAUCGAGUGGAUGGACUGAAAGGAUGGCAUUAUGAAGGAACACAGGAUCUCAGUGCUGAUUUUUGUACAACUUUAGUGACAAGUGGUAAAAUAUUUAAAUCAUCAGGUCAGUGGUUUCCAUGCAACAACUACAGAACAGCAGGAGGAGUUUAUGCUAAGUGGAGCAUCACUCCUGACGUCUCUCAGCUGCCGUACUGGAAGUGGUUUGUGUGCAGAUUCCAGGAAGAUCUGGAAAAACAUUAUGAUAAAAAGUUCCAGGGCUCGGGUCAGAUUCCAGAUGAGUGGAAGAAGCACUCAAAGCAAGAUGCUAUUGAGAGUCUGAAUAAAUACUUUUAAUAAAUAUAAACUAAUAGAGCAGUUUAAGAAGCCCUUUAAUUACAGAAUACAAUAUCAAAUAUAAAUGUUCCGAUAUGGAACCGGCCGCUGGAAGGUAUGGAGGACACCCAAGGUGUGGUCACGACGCACAGCGGAGUGUGUAUGUGUGCAGAAGUGUGUGAGAGCGUGUUUCAGAGAGAGCGUGUGUGUGUGUGCGAUCGUGUGUGUGCGUAUGUGUGUGUGCGUGUUUGUGAGAGAGUAUGUGUGUGUGCGAGCAUGUGUGUGCGUAUGUGUGUGCGAGCGUGUGUGUGCGUCGUCACGCUUUAAGUAAAAGCCACACGCCAUCUGGUGUUAAUUUAGCGGCUCACGUAACUUAAUUAGCGCAUUCAUUUGCUCAUCUACAUAACUCCUCCUCUAUCGCAUUUGAGAUAUCUACAAGCCGAUGGUGACUAUGUUAAUGCCGUCUCUAAUAGCAUCAGUUUCUCUGGGAUCAACUAACUACAAUACGGUCUUUAGUGUUGUUGGUGUGCAUUUUUUAAAUAUAUAUUUUUUUCUGUUUUAUUAAUCUUAUUUACUGUUAAUCAAUAUUUUAUGAUUGUCUAUUUUAUUAUCUUUAUUUUAAUCAUCAUAGUUAUUACAUGUAAAGUAAUGUAUGCUAUUUGAGGGGUGACUGAGGGUCUGGCCCGUGCCAGACAUUGAUUCCCCGUCUGUCGCUCACUUCGACGUUGUGUUGAAGAAGCGACACUAGGGGUCUUUCUUGAGUGCCAAAUAUGCCUCUGAUCUAUGAAAAGAGGCCAAUGAGAAUUUGGCAGACAGUAUUUGCAUACCCCGCCCCCGGACAUACGGGUAUAAAAGCGGGGAAAUACAUGGAGUUCAUUCAGAAAUUUUCUUUGGAGCCGAUGGUCGUGCAUGCAGUCAGCUGCGAGUUGUUACUCUGACGCUUUCCCUGCUGUUGGAUCUACGAAGCACUUCAGUGGCUUUUCUCCUUCUCUGCACGGCAGUGCAGUUUGCCCCUGGGUGCUUCAACAGCGCAAAAACUUAAGAGUUUAUUUUAAAGAGUAUUUUCCUCUAAAAGAGCAUUACACAGCAGCGUUAAACGUCCUUUUCAGGAUGCGUCUUUAAGGCAAGAUGCCUUUCCGCCCCUGUGUAGUUCCGCUUCAGAUGGCCACAGGCGUUGUCUCGUGUGUCUGGGCUGCGAUCACACCGAGGCAGUGUUUGUGGAUGGUUCAUGUUCUCACUGCGAGAGCAUGACCAUGGCAAUGUUGAGGUCUCGGCUCGCUUUCAACAGAAAGCAUGCCACUCCAGCCGACCCACAUAUUGCUCCUUCUUCCCACGGGAUUGAGGACGAUGCGGAUGGCGAUGGAGGCAAUCUGGGGACGGCAGCGGGUGCGGUUCCACCGGGUACGCUCCCUCGGACCAUCCGCCCCCCAGCACGCUCGACUGUUUUCUUUGCCCUAAGGAAGUUUCUCCCGUUAGUUCGAGACAAACAUGUCCUAAUCAGGCAACUCAAGUCGCUGCGUGCCACUCACAUCCCCGGCAACCUCAAUGUGGUAGUGGACGCACUGUCACGACAACACUUGCCCAGUGGAGGCUUCACCCCCAGUCGGUCGAGCUGAUUUGGGAACAACCAAAUCCCACCACGCCGCAGUAGACGGCAAGUCUUUGGGUAAGCACGACUUAAUCAUCAAGUUCCUAAGAGGCACCCGGAGGUUAAAUCCAUCCCGGCCAAGCCUGUUCCCCUCCUGGGAUCUCUCGGUAGACCUCGCAGGCCUUCAGAGACCCCGCUUCGAGCCGCUAGAAUCAGUUGGACUCAGUGCCCUCUCUCUAAAGACAGCCCUGCUGAUCAUACUCGCCUCCAUCAAGGGUCGGGGACCUGCAAGCGUUCUCUGUCAGCGACACUUGCCUGGAGGUGUCCGGUAGACACUCAUGUGAUCCUAAGACCGCGACCGGGCUAUGUGCCCAAGGUUCCUACCACACCCUUCAGAGACCAGGUAGUGAACCUGCAAGUGCUGCCCCGGGAGGAGGCAGACCCAGCCCCAUCGUUUCUGUGUCCGGUACGUGCUUUGCGUACCUACUUGGACCGCACGCAGAGCUUUAGACGUUCUGAGCAGCUCUUUUCUGCUUUGGUGGAGAGCGGAAAGGGAACGCUGUCUCUAAACAGAGGCUUUCCCACUGGGUGGUGGACGCUAUUUCAUUGGCCUAUCACACCCAGGCCAUGUCCCCCCCCCCCCCGCGGGUCCGAGCACACUCAACAAGGAGUGUCGCGUCCUCAUGUGCACUGGCCAGAGGCACCUCCCUGGCAGACAUAUGCAGAGCAGCGGGUUGGGCAACACCUAAUACCUUUGCAAGAUUUUAAAAUCUCAGGGUUGAGUCAGUUUCGUCCAAUGUUUUCUCAGGUCUGAGCCGGUAGAACUUGUUACAUGCUGACAGACUGACUGGGUAGAUUGCUUGCACCUAGCGCCCUUUCCCUCACCAAGGUAAAACUGUGCGCUUUCUCUCCCAGGAGAUUUCCCCCAUUUGGAUCCCUGGAUGACUCCUCCCUAGCCCUGUGGGUCCGCAAUUCAGCUUGGGUACUCAAAUCUACCCUGUACUGGAAUAGGUGCUCCACAGGUCGGUACUCCUGUGUGUAUUUUCCACGGUACGGUCCCCUUACGGGUGGACCCGCGUCUCCCUCAGGCAGUUCCAGCUGCCCUCUGGUCGCUGUGUUGUAGCAACUCCCCCCUCCUUAAGGCUGGAUCUACCACUGCGCCAUUUUUCCACAUGUGACCUGAGUGACCCAUGUGAUGUAUUUCACCACUUUUACCUCCCCCUUCCUGGGCAGGUGUGGUCUCUGCAGGGUCUUUACCCCCUGAAAGAAUAGGAAGCUGGGUAAGACCCCCCUUCCCACGAUGCAUGUAAGGGCCCCAGCCGUUUUUGGCUCUAUGCGAGAAACAUAGAGAGAAAAGGUUGGCAAGCGUCACCUUGUUCUCCUGUUUAGGGUAACCAGAAGGAUCCCGACGACUUUUAUGGGGCAUUGGGGAAGGGUGCGUGCAGUCUGACACAGCUGGUCACCUUUGCACGUAAAAUUCCUGCCCGGCUCUGCGCAUGGCGUGAUUUAAAUUGGACCCCUAGUGUCGCUUCUUCGACACAACGUCAAAGUGAGCGACAGACGGGGAACGUCUAGUUUACAUAUGUAACCUCCAUUCCCUGAUGGAGGGAAUAAGACUUUGUGUCCUCCCGGCCACAUCGCUGAGCUGAGCCACUGUGUUGGCUGGACCAUUUCCGGCUCCUCAGAAAAAUCCUGAAUGAAUUUGACGUAUUUCCCCGCUUUUCCGGGGGCGGGGUAUGCAAAUACUGUCUACCAACUUCUCAUUGGCCUUUUUUCAUAGAUCAGAGGCAUAUUCAGCGCUAAAGAGGGACCCCUAGUGUCGCUUCUUCGACACAACGUCUCGUUCCCUCCUUCAGGGAAUGGAGGUUAAAUACGUAACCUAGACGUUAUUCAUUUAGCCUGGCUCCCAGAGAAUAUGCAUUUUUAUUGUACUGCAUUUAUUCAUACAUGAUCAAUAAUAUUAAUAUAUUUAAUCAUCAAUUAACCACUUGAUUCACCAUUUAUUAAAUCAUAUAGAAUUAAGAGAUUUCAUUAGUAUUGUUAUCUCACUUUUAUUAUUGUUUUCUUUCAUGGUUCAUUAAAGAAACCAUUGAUAUAUAUUUUAUAUUUCUAAUCAUUCAUUUUUAGACGUAUAUUUUACAACCUUCAAGUUCUACUAAUGAAAUACUUUCAGAGUCGUCCUGUUUGGCUUUUGUUGUUUCUCGACUUGUUUUGCUCAAGUGUUUUGCAGAUGUUGAGGUCUUCAUUCCACAAACACGACCAGAAUAAAGUCUGCAGUGAAGAAAACUCACAAGAUACUCUGUCUAGAUCAUCUACAGUAGUUUUAUUCUUGUUUAAAAGUUUAUUUUAACAUGUGACUCUAUUAUAGUGAAAUAACUGGAACUUCAGACACAUUCAGAAAAGUGUGCAUGACAGAUAGAUGACCUCUGACCCCUGCAUAUAAUCUACUAAACCUUAUAAUGACAACUUGAUUAAUGUUCACUAACUAAUUAUUGUUCAUAAGAAUUCGGAUCUAGAAUAUUUCAUGUUGUAACCUGCCAGAAACUUAGAAGAACUAAUAACAAUGACACUUUGAAUCAAAUUCUGCAUAUGACUAUAAUAACUGAUGUCUCUUUUGUUAACCAGCUCUUCUUCACUUCUAUUCUGUGCAUGUAUGUUGAAACUGCAGAGAACAAAAACUUCAGUAAAUGAUCUCAAAAUGAUUGAAAUCGUGACUCUGAGUGUUUUAUUAAUGUCAAGUUGUUUUCCCGUACAGCAUCACAGAUAUGUUCAGAGUGUC